CGGCUCCGGCUGCGGCUGCAGGAGGAGGAGGAGGAGGAGGAGGAGGAGGAGGGAGAACCCGCGGGAUGGCGGCUCCGCUGAGCGACGGGGACCGUCGGAAGCAGAUCAGCGUGCGGGGGAUCGCGGGGCUGGGGGACGUGGCGGAGGUGCGCAAGAGCUUCAACCGCCACCUCCACUUCACCCUCGUCAAGGACCGCAACGUCGCCACCCCCCGCGACUACUACUUCGCGCUGGCCCACACGGUGCGCGACCACCUCGUGGGGCGCUGGAUCCGCACCCAGCAGCACUACUACGAGCGGGACCCCAAGCGCAUUUACUACCUGUCCCUGGAGUUCUACAUGGGCCGCACUCUGCAGAACACCAUGGUGAACCUGGGCCUGCAGAAUGCUUGCGAUGAAGCCAUUUACCAGCUGGGUUUGGACUUGGAGGAGCUGGAAGAAAUCGAAGAAGAUGCUGGGCUGGGAAACGGAGGCCUGGGCCGCCUGGCAGCUUGCUUCCUGGACUCCAUGGCCACGCUGGGGCUGGCGGCGUACGGUUACGGCAUCCGCUACGAGUUUGGUAUCUUCAAUCAGAAGAUUGUCGACGGCUGGCAGGUGGAGGAGGCCGAUGACUGGCUACGCUACGGCAAUCCCUGGGAGAAAGCACGCCCCGAGUACAUGCUCCCUGUGCAUUUCUACGGCCGCGUGGAUCACACCCCUGAGGGCGUGAAGUGGAUCGACACCCAGGUUGUCCUCGCUAUGCCUUACGACACACCGGUGCCAGGGUACAAGAACAACACCGUAAACACCAUGAGGCUGUGGUCUGCGAAAGCGCCCAAUGACUUCAACCUCCAAGAGUUCAAUGUGGGUGACUACAUCGAGGCGGUGUUGGACAGAAACCUGGCAGAAAACAUAUCCAGAGUCCUGUACCCAAAUGACAACUUCUUCGAAGGCAAGGAGCUGCGGCUGAAACAGGAGUACUUUGUUGUGGCUGCUACCCUUCAAGACAUCAUCCGCCGCUUUAAGUCCUCGAAAUUUGGCUGUCGAGACCCUGUGAGAACAUGUUUUGAAACCUUUCCAGACAAGGUGGCUAUCCAGCUAAAUGACACCCACCCCGCCCUGUCCAUCCCAGAGCUCAUGCGGAUCCUGGUGGACGUGGAGAAAGUGGAUUGGGACAAGGCCUGGGAGAUCACGAAACGGACCUGCGCCUACACCAACCACACCGUGCUGCCCGAAGCCCUGGAGCGCUGGCCAGUCUCCAUGUUUGAAAAGCUGCUGCCGCGUCACCUGGAGAUCAUUUAUGCCCUCAACCAAAUGCACCUGGAUCGGGUGGCAGCUCUCUACCCUGGGGACAUCGACCGGCUCCGGAGGAUGUCGGUGAUCGAGGAAGGCGACUGCAAACGUAUUAACAUGGCUCACCUCUGCGUCAUUGGCUCCCACGCGGUCAACGGCGUGGCCCGCAUCCACUCGGAUAUCGUGAAGAACUCCGUGUUCAAGGAUUUCUACGAGCUGGAGCCCGAGAAGUUUCAGAACAAGACAAACGGGAUCACGCCAAGGCGCUGGCUCCUGCUGUGCAACCCAGGACUGGCUGACGUUAUUGCCGAGAAAAUCGGGGAAGGCUUUAUCACAGACCUGAGCCAGCUGAAGAAGCUACUGGAUUUCAUCAAUAAUGAGACUUUUAUCAGGGAUGUGGCAAAGGUCAAACAGGAGAACAAGCUGAAGUUCGCAGCCUACUUGGAGGAGCAGUACAAGGUGAAGAUCAACCCUUCGUCCAUGUUCGACGUUCAAGUAAAGCGAAUCCACGAGUACAAGCGGCAGCUGCUGAACUGCCUGCACGCCAUCACCCUCUACAACCGCAUCAGAAGCGAUCCGUCCAAAUCCUUUGUGCCCAGGACUAUUAUGAUUGGAGGAAAGGCGGCCCCGGGCUACCACAUGGCCAAGAUGAUCAUCAAACUCAUCACGUCCAUCGGUGAGGUCGUCAACAACGAUCCUUAUGUGGGGGACAGGCUCAAAGUCAUCUUCCUGGAGAACUACCGGGUAUCCCUGGCCGAGAAGGUGAUCCCAGCGGCAGAUCUGUCCCAGCAGAUCUCCACGGCCGGCACCGAGGCCUCGGGAACCGGCAACAUGAAGUUCAUGGUGAACGGGGCCCUCACCAUCGGUACCAUGGAUGGGGCCAACGUGGAGAUGGCCGAGGAGGCAGAUGAAGAAAACCUCUUCAUCUUCGGCAUGCGGGUGGAGGACGUGGAGGCACUGGAUCGCCGAGGGUAUAACGCCCGGGAGUACUACGAGCGCCUGCCGGAGCUGCGCCAGGCUGUCGACCAGAUCGGCAGCGGUUUUUUCUCCCCUCGAGACCCCGGUUGCUUCAAGGACGUUGUGAACAUGCUGCUGUACCACGACAGGUUUAAGGUGUUUGCCGACUACGAGGCUUACGUUAAAUGCCAGGGCCGAGUGGACGAGCUGUUCACGAACCCCCGGGAGUGGACUAAGAAAGUCAUCAGGAACAUCGCGUGCUCGGGGAAGUUCUCCAGUGACAGGACCAUCACGGAGUACGCCCGGGAUAUCUGGGGUGUGGAGCCCUCCGCCGCAAAAAUCCCCCCGCCCAACCUCCCCCGGGAUUGACGCAAGCACGGAGGGAAGGAAGGAGGGAUGGGCUCCGCUUUGAAGAAACAAGGCCCAUCCCUUCCGGGAGGGGAGAGAGCUGCUCUGGGGAGGAGCCCUGAGCGAGGAACAGGAGCUGGGGGAGAGGAGGAAGGACCCCGUGUUUGCACCCACGCCUCCAGCCUGCCCGCGCUUAGCCCGGCGCGUUCCACCGCUGCGCUCCACGCUUCGCAGAGGCUUUGCAGCUCAUUCCUCCACCUCCUCCCGCCCGCGGCCCGGCCCGCCCGCCCUCACCCUGCCCCACAAGCAGAGGGGGGGGUCUUGCAUCCUCCUCCCGUGGGGCCGCCAGCCCCCGGGGCAGGCACCGCUCCCCAGUGCUGCGUGCUCCAAGGAGGCGGCGAGAGGGCCUGGGGUCAGGGUCUCCUCCCACACCUCUUUGUUAGCCAGAAGCCCUCUAAGCCAGCCCUUCCAGGGAAUUUUAUCCUCCUGGCCUGCACAGAGAGGGCUGUACCCGCCCCAGCACAGCUGGAUGCUGGGUGCUACCCCGGGUGGCGGGGGGGGGAAGGUACCACAGCUCGUGUCCCUCCAGAGCCGGGUCACAGCGCUCCGCGUGUCCCUCCCUGGGCCUGGCGUCAAGAGUUUUAACACCCGCAGAGCCCACCAGUAACCCCCCUGUGUGACACCAACUCAUUAAAACAACCACCUGCUGGUUCGA